GACUACCUUCAAUGCUCUGUGCGCCUGUGACUCUCUUCCCAACCUCUAUCCAACAUUUGCAUCUAAAUCACUCGCGCAUAGUUUAGAUUCCGGUCGUUUCUCGCCGGAAAAUACCUCAGUGUCCGACUGAUCUCAUCGUCUUCAGAUCGCAAUGAAUCCCGAUUACGAUUAUCUUUUCAAACUUUUGCUAAUUGGAGAUUCUGGAGUUGGGAAGUCAUGUCUCCUUUUGAGGUUUGCUGUAAGUUGAUAGGAUGCUAUUUCCAUGUUUGCCAUUCUCUUCCAAUAUAGUAUACUAUGCAGAUGAAACAAGUAGAGGAUUCAUACUGAGCUUGCUUCUUCCAACUUGCUUCUUGCUUCUUCCAACUUCCAAUAUUCCCAUUUUACCCUGCUACCGGAACUAACUACUCUAUAAAGGAGCCGGAGGCCAGAGCUCCUAUUUUUCAGUUACGCUCUGAUAUCUUCCUUCCACACAGAACUUCGCUCCUUCUUCGUCUCUGCAGAUUCUGCAAAAUGCCUCUCCCCGCCGUGAUACUCCGUGCAGUAGCCGCUGUUAAAGCAUAUUUCCGUCGGUGCUUCAACUUCGAAAACUUAACGGACUUGGAUGCUUUCUCUCAGGACACUUUCAAUAUCCUCGCCGAACUCUACUCUACACUUUUCCUUGUUAGUACAUCCAUGACUGCUGGACUAUGGCUCCAAUCUGAGGGUGACGUUGGGGUGCCCUUAACUGUUGUUGGAAUUUCUGGAAGCAUGUUUUGUCUUUUUGCCACGCCUCGAGAUUACGAGGUGUUCAGGAGUUUCUCUCUGUAUGCUGCUGCAUUUUUUAUGGGGGCUUCUUGGUUGCCUUGCACUCAACCUUACCUCAACUUCUUUGAUCCAAAUUACAUCAUUGCUGUUCUUUUGGGUAAUACUCUGUGCGUGGUCGUUUUCCGGACAAUAACCAGGUGGGUAAGAGGACGAGAAAGAUUUGCCAUUUAUUCCUAUGCCGCAUUUUACUCUACUAUACUAUCAAUGGUAUGGACGGGCUACGCUUUCUACUACUUCAAUGUCUACUUGGUUUUAGCGACGUUUUUGUACUUGGUACUCAUCUUGGUGUACGUGAUGCUAUAUAGCCAAGAAAUGGCGGCGAGAGCUGCUGCGGGGCAAGAAAUCGACUCUGUGAAUUUCAGUAUGAGAUUCUUCACUGACGCUCCGGGGAUUUGGAUCUACUCUCUCGUUCUCCUUUUUAGGUUCGCGGACGAGGAAGGAUUGAAGGGUUGGGAACUACUAGCAAUGCUUAAUCAAGCAAUAGCGGAACGCAGACAAGCAAUGAAGCAAGGACCGAAAACGGGGAAAAAGGGGAAACGAAAGGGGAGAAAAAACUAA